AUGGACAGCUCCUGCAAAUAUGACAAGAUCAUCUGCAAAGAACUGAUCCAUUCAGGAUCUCCCACAGUCUACCAGCUGACACCAAAGAAGGACUAUAUUGGAACAAUCAGGAGACUCAGUUUUGGUGAAAAAGAUCUGAACAAGACGAACAGAACCGUCUUGCUUGUUGGUGAAACAGAUACGGGGAAAUCUACCAUGAUCAACGCUUUGGUCAACUAUGACAUGGGAGUGACGUGGGAGGACGAUGUCUGGUUUAAGAUCGUUGAAGAAGAGAGAAGCCAGUUUGAAGGUCACACAUCAGACGUGAUCGUGUACGAAAUCUUUGAUUUUGAAGGUAAAACUCUGCCCUACUCUCUGACCGUCAUCGAUACACCAGGAUUCGGUGACUUCAGAUGGGUAGAUCGAGCUGUUGUCAGGGAAGGAUUGUUUGACUUGUUCUGUUUGAACGAUGGAGUUCAUGAAAUCAAUGUUGUUGGUUUGGUGCUUAAAACAGGAUGCAAUGGCCUGAGUGACCGCUUGAGGUACAUCUUGGAUUCAGUGGUUUCUCUGUUUGGAAAAGACAUGGAGAGGAACAUCGUCCCCCUCAUCACACAUUCGGAUGGAACGAAACCUAAAGAGACUCUGAAAACUCUCGAGGCUGCAAACAUCACAUGUGCCAAAGACAGAAGAAACCAGCAAGUUCACUUCCUCUUUAAUAACUGCCAAAAUAAAGACAGGACAGAGGACAGAGAAGCCCUUGGAAAUGCAUUCAAAAUAACAACCAAAGGACUGACACAGUUCUUCGAGUUUCUGGAGAAAACUGCACCUCAGAAGAUAGAAAAGACAGUGGAGGUUCUGAACAAACGCAUCGGACUAAGAGGCUGCAUCCAAAACCUGCAGGACCGAGUCAAGAACAUCAAACAACAUGAGACAGAAAUCCAACAGACUCAGGAAGCUCUAAAGAAAUGUGAACAAACCAUGAUGAGUCUCGCUGACCAAAUUCAGCAGGGUGUUCAAACCCAGGAGAAAAUCCAGCAGCUCCAGGAAGCUCUGAGGAAGUAUGAACUAGAGAUGAAAAGCAACGAGAACUUCAUUGUGGAAGUUGAUGAGCCCUACAAAGUUAAAGAACCUUUCAGUGGUGGGUCAUGGUUACUGGGGGUUUUUUAUGAAGGUGCUACAUGCUGUACCGUCUGCGAGGAGAACUGCCACUAUCCUGGAUGCACAGUGGCCUGGAGUCCCAGUGGCUGUGAAGUCAUGAGCGAGGACAAAUGCACGGUGUGCCAAGGGAAAUGUCCAGUGUCUGAUCAUGUGAAAGAACAAUGGAGGUAUGAGACCAAGACGAGAAAAGUUCAGAAGACUCUCCCAGAUAUGAAGGAGAAGUAUCUUAGAGGAUUAGAGGAGUGUGUGAAGGUUAAAGCUCAACUGGAAGGGCUUAAAAAGGAUAAAGUCAUUGUGAAGGAUGUGGAAGAGAAGUAUGAGAGGAUCAAAUCAGAGUAUGAAGACACAAGAAGCAUUCUGAGAGUCCUUGAGGAGGAAAUGGAAAAACAUCAGAGAGACAAAGAUCAGUGCCUAGAUGAGUCCUUUAAGCAUUUCGUUGGACUACGGCCGAUCGCUAUAAAAGCCACAACACUUUCCAGUAAUGGCCACUCGGACCUCUUGUUGGAGCAGUUCAGUAAGAAAGGAGACACACAGAAGGUCCAGGAAUUGAAGAUGAUAAGAAAAAGCAAUCAGAGCACUGCUCGACAGUGAUCACAGACGUAACUGUGUCAUCUGUUAACAUCAUACCUUCAUCUAUAAGCGUUACUUGGACAUGUUAGAGUUUCUGGAAUCCAAGAGCAAUACUACUUCACUGUUCUGAUAAAUUAGUGUUGGUCUUCUUAUAAUAGGGUGGUCUUUAAUGUAGUAGUUAAUGAUUACGGGAGUCUAUUGUAAUUGGCCACAUCAGAGAGAACAGUCUAGACAUGCCCUACUUGUAAAGUGUCUUUACAUGACUGUAGUUAUGGAUUGGCACAAUACAAGC